CGUACGAGCGAGUGUGUCUUUACUCGCAUUCUUUCCGUUGGUCCAUUUCUACCCUUUUACCUAUCCGUUUGUCCGAAUACGAUACGUGACGAAAUGCAAGUUUGAGACCAAAAAGACUGAAGAACAAAAUAAACGUAUGAAACACGAGCUGCGUAAUCGUCAGUAGAAUGCCCCUCGGAACAGCGUUAAAAACUGAUUUUCAGAAAGAAACUACAUCGAUGCUCGGAUCCGUCGAUCGAGAUCGCUCGAGAGAGCGAUUUGAUAUCGCCGGUCGUUCGUUUCGUGUACAUGUGCUGCGAAAUAGAUCGAGAUCGACAGACAGUGUUUUUUGCGUUUAGCGGAGAGAAACGGGUUUUUUCCUCAGGUAUGAUCCACAUCUCUCCCACGGACAUUUAUCGCGAUGGAUAAAUUUUCCCGUGAUUCGCACUGAGGCGAAUCUAUCUAAUGCCGGUCGAUUUUUCGUGAGCAUCUUCGCUAAGAUAAAUUUGGAGAAAACAAUGUAACUUGUGACGGAAUGAUAUUGAGAUACUGUUAAUGCCCGUGAGAUCAUUCUUCACCAGUGUUUCGCGUAGGGAUUCUUUUCUCCCUCAUGAGGGUGAAUGCCUCGCUUUUCGAUCGUAACGCUACUUUCCGGGCGAUUAGGAUCAGUGCGGUAAUGGAAGUAAAGUUAAUGUAUUACGAUAAAAGUAAGACUAAUACUAUCGUCAACAGGUAUUUUAUUCUCAUUAGGUAAAUAAAGUUUGGAUUCCCUUGGACGGCCAUUGGAUGCAUCUUUCAUGCAGAAAGAAAUGAACUAUCCUCUUUUAGAACUUAAGAACUCGGCCCACCAGUGAACGCAAUCAAAUAAUGUUAAAUUUCGUGCAGCGAUGGUAUCCGCGCGGGAACACACGCGUCUUUCCUCCCGCUUCGAACAUGCUCGAACUGAAUCGUUCAAUUGUUCCUUCAAAUAUUCCUAGCGCAUCGAGUGAGUCGCGGGAGAUCAGAAACGGGACGUUGCGGAUUUCUCUGUACUCUUUUAAGUGCUUCGUGUCCCAGGAUAACUAACGGAAGACACAAGUUCAAGUCAUUGCGAGAGUGUCUCAAACACGAGGCCGGCCAGCAUUUAGCCGACGACACGAUGACCCUUUCACGGCAAACACGCGGAGCAAAAACCUGAGCGGCAGAUCGUGUGGAUAUUGUCGAUCGGAACGACCAUGUCCGGGGACGCGAACCAAGCGCGGACCGACGAUUGGAAUCUGACGGCCGGUUUCGAUCUGGUGAGCGCCGGAGAAUUGGGGAACGUCACCGACGAGCUCUAUCCCUUGCCGGAUUACAUCAACGUCACAUCGCUGCCGGACGUCAAUACAACGGAGGAGAUUGACUCGUUUUACUUCUACGAGACGGAGCAAUUUGCGGUGCUAUGGCUACUAUUUGCAGUGAUAGUCGCUGGUAACACUGCAGUCCUCGCCGGACUUUUACUGGGAAAACGUAGAAAAUCUCGGAUGAAUUUCUUCAUCAUGCAACUGGCAUUUGCUGAUCUACUGGUCGGUCUAAUAUCCGUGCUAACGGACAUAAUCUGGAGAACGACUGUUGCGUGGUACGCGGGUAACAUAGCUUGCAAACUGAUAAGGUUUAUGCAGGCUGUAGUAACCUAUAGCUCGACCUACGUCCUCGUGGCUCUAUCAAUCGACAGAUAUGACGCCAUUACCCGUCCGAUGAACUUCUCCGGCAGCUGGUGGAGAGCUCGAGCUUUGGUGAUUACGGCUUGGGCGCUGUCAGCAUUGUUCAGCAUGCCGAUCAUAUUCCUGUACGAAGAAACACGAAUACAGGAUACGACGCAGUGUUGGAUCGAUUUGGGCCCGAUUCAGUGGAAAAUCUACAUGAGCCUGGUGAGUUUCAGUCUCUUUAUAGCGCCCACCCUGAUAAUAGGAGGCUGUUACACGGUCAUCGUGGUCACGAUAUGGUCGCAAGGAGCAGCGCUACGUCAGGGACCUACCAGAGAUACUCGGAGGGCGUCCUCGAGGGGACUCAUUCCUAGAGCGAAAAUCAAGACCGUAAAAAUGACCUUCGUCAUAGUAUUCGUAUUUAUCCUUUGCUGGAGUCCAUACAUAGUCUUCGAUCUCCUUCAAGUUUAUGGGCACGUGCCAAAGACUCAGACAAAUAUCGCGGUCGCUACCUUCAUACAAAGUUUGACACCGCUUAACUCGGCCGCUAAUCCAAUAAUCUAUUGCCUCUUCAGUACUCCUUUCUGCAAAACCGUACGGAACAUGCAGGCAAUCUCCUGGAUUUCGGGAUGGUGCCCGACGAAUUCGCAUCACUGCUUCGGUACCGGGGCGACGAAUAGCAGCACGAGGACGACCGUGACAACAUCUUUGACGGCCAAUUCCUCCCGCAGAAGCGGACAUUUUACUAUGUUGCACUCUACGUCGCGAAAACGCGUCAUGGUCUCUUUAGUUUAAAGAUCGUGAUUUUCGGAAAAAAAAACGAUCGCAUUGAUUUAUUAGCAAAUUGAUAUUCUAGAUCAGUAUUCGGAGCGGACUUGGUAGAUAAUUUGCUUUUGCUAGCGAUUAAAUCGAUUAUUACAGAAAAAACACAAGUCACUUUCUUUAAUAAUUCAGAAAGUUUAUUUUCCGGAAAGC